ACUUCAGGGGAUAUCUAAAGAACGAUAUCUUUAUAUGCUCAAUUCGCUCAAUAUAAUAGACACCUACCUACAUAUUGUCGCCACGACUGUCUCCCAUUGGAAACAAAGACAAUAGACCGUCAAACAUGAUUCUAUGUAUCGUGAAUGUCGUGUGGUGAGUGAAUGAAACUCUUUGGCUUCAUUUAUCACCAUACCAUAGAUAAGGGAUGUUUUUAAUUAGCCUCAUUUUUAAAUAUUAAAAAAAAUGUAACAUACAUGAAACUUUAUGGCCAGUCUUUUCCCCCGCUAGCCAACUAGAGGGGGCUAUCAACAAUGCGUAGUAUAAGAAGGUACGUCGCCACCAGCCAGCACAUUUGUUUACGAGACACUCGAAGACACGACAUAAGUAAAUCGUUAAAAUGGAUUACAAAAUUAGAGCACUCCCCCUGUUCCUGGUUGUAGCUACAGUGGUGGCGCAGUACGGCGAGGAGUUUGGUGGCUACGAGGGGUACCACAAGGCGCCCAUACAGCUGCAUCACCAGCAGAGCUUGGACGACCACCACGGGGAGGAGUAUGAUAUGGAUUACCAUGCGCACCCAAAAUACUCAUUCGACUACUCCGUGAAGGACCCACACACUGGUGACCACAAGGAACAUUGGGAGACCAGAGAUGGUGACAAAGUCAAAGGAACCUACACCCUUAUCGAGACGGACGGCACAAAACGCGUGGUGGAAUACGAAGCUGACGACAAGAACGGCUUCAACGCGGUCGUGCACAAGAUAGGAACGCCCAAACACGACGAGUUCGAACACAAACCCGUGCACGAGUAUGAAGCUAAACCUGCAUUAGAACCUCUGCACUACCAACACGAUUACGGUCAUUUCGAUGAAGGUUUCGUGCCCGUUUCUGGGGGAUUUGGACAUUAAAAUGUAUUAGGCUACAGGUAAAAAAUUAUAAAGGAUUUUGUUCGAUGAUAUUCUUCGAUACAUUUUAUCACAUCAUUUACAAUAAGUCCACUGAACAAGAGCAUCUCCCAAUGUCUUCUCGAUCAAUCUCCGUGACAUUUAUCAAGUCGUCUAUUCACCUUUAGGGUGGACGUCUAGCGGACCAAUGUCCAAAAACAUACAUAAUUACACCCAGAGAAGGGCACAAUUUGUAGAUACAAGCACUAGUUGUUCUAAUUUUAUAAUGGCACUUUACCUAGAUAAAGACAGUAUUUUGUUAUUUAGAAAUACGAGACAACAGAAUUUGAACUCCACUUGUUAACAGAUAAAGUUCAAAAUUUUACAUACGUGCGCUGACGUGGUGCAUUGUAAUAUCAACGAACAUAAUCCUACUAAUAUAAAACCUGUAGUUUAAUAUAAAUUGGAUUUCGACACCUUUUAAUUCCUUAGUUCAUUAAACAAAGACGGACUGACUCCAAACAGCUUCGCGAUGCUCAAACUAUGAUUUUUAAAUGCUUUAAUUAUAUAGCUAUACUUGUAGGCUAUAAGUUAUUAUAAUUUAAUUCUAAGAAUGUCAAUUUAAAACUGUAUUCUGUAAUACAUUUCUGGUUGUGUAUGAGAGAACUUGAACUCUGAAACGACAAUGAAAUCAGACCUUACAGCACUCAUAAUAAGGACGAAAAUAUUACUUUUAGUGUGUUGACUUAUACAUAGGUCAUGUCAUAUGAUGAUAAUUGUAUUCAAUAAGAAUUUCAUUAAUUUAAAGUACUCACUCAUAGAAGAGAGAAAAAAAAAACUAAUUUUAAUUUCAUACAAAAAUGAAAUCGGGCAACUAUCGGCCGACAAGGCAACAAUUUUGGUUACCGUGUUGUAACGAGUGUCUCACGAAUUAUAAUUAUUUAUUAGUUAAGUACAACGGAAUGUUAGAACAUUUCGUCUAAGUUAAGCCCCGACUGUAUUGUUCUGUUUUGUAGUUUUAAGUGUUGUACAAAACUCUUGCGAUUGAAUAAACCUUUUAUUGUUAUAACCUUGUAUUAAUUCUGCAUAACAAACUACUACUAUAAACCAAACUUACAACUAAUAAACAAGCUGGUACCGAACUGCGAAAGCAUAAAAUCAUUAAACGAAAACCGAAAUUAUAAUUUAAACUUACCUUUCAAUCUAGUAAGCAAGCUGAAACCUAAAACAACUCUAUCGCAACCAGCGGUCUAAAAACCGCUCUAAAACGCAGAAAAACCAAAAACCAAACAAUACUACUACGGUCCACACUCUGGUCGUAGUGGUUGCGCAACUGUCGGGCCACUAUCU